UAUAAAACAAGAAGACCAAACAUCCUGUUCAAAAUUAUCUAUAUUACAAUCCUGCAUUUUGUCUGAUGAAAACCAAAAUAUGGAAAUCAUAGCCAAACCUACAAUAAAAAGUAUAAACAAUAAUAUGCAGAUUGAUGAACAAUUACCCUCUCGAAAGAGAAAUUAUAUAGAACAGAAAAAAAUAACUGACAUAACAAAAGUCAGACCAGAAAUCAAAAAAGAGAUUUUAAUUAAAAAAAAACUAGGCACUUUAGAUUAUAGAGUUCUCGAAUCUCUUGAAAAAGACAAAGAAAGUGCAGACAAGCAUCUAAUUAGUAAGAGUAAUAAAAAAGCCAAAAAGUAUAAAGAUAUCUAUAACUCUUGUUAG